AUGGCGGCGCCCGGGGGGCUGUGGCCGGCUCGCCUGCUCGCGACCCUGCGGAAUCUGCCCGCGCGCCGGCCUCUGCACGACGGACGCCCAGCGCGCGACGUGCUGCUGUAUGAGCAUGAACGCGGCCGCUUCUUCGUGGUCCUCGGGUUCUUCUGCGCCGGCCAGGGCGUCUUCUGGGCCUCCCUGGCCGCGGCCGCCUGGGCCCGACCCCCGGCCGCGGCGCCUCCAGACCGCGGACGCUCGGACGUGCGCUCAACGCUCUGGCGUUACGGGCUGGCGGUGGGCUGCGGCGCCAUAGGUACCCUGGUGCUUGGUGCGGGUCUUCUCUUCUCCCUCCGCUCUGUGCGUUCAGUGACCCUACUGGCCGGAGGGAAGCAGGUUACCCUCACCACUCACGCCCCGUUCGGCUUGGGGGCCCAUUUCACGGUUCCCUUGAACCAAGUGUCCUGCAUGGCCCACCGGGGUGAAGUCCCUGCCAUGUUGCCUCUGAAGAUCAAAGGCCGGCGCUUCUACUUCCUCUUGGACAAAGCUGGACAUUUUCCCAACACCAAACUCUUUGACAACACUGUGGGGGCCUACCGUUCCUUGUGAAGAAACCAGCUGGAGUCACUCACCCCACCCAAAGGGGAGUAAACUGAAACAUAGGGUGGGACAACCACCAAGGCCACACUCAGAGCCAAGAUUAGCAGUAAAUAAAGGCAGCCAUCCCAAGGGCAUCUCCCUGACAGUAAGUUUUGAUGAAUGUCUGGUUAGCCUUCAUUCCCUCCCACUCCCUGGAACCUGAACUUUUAACUUUUAACAUCAAGAACUCAGUACCAUUAGGAAGAAAGUAAUAUAAUACUUUGGUACAAAAAGGAGGCUGUAGGAAGAGGAAUGGAAGGGGAAGAUCAUGUUUCCCUCGUGGAGGGAGAACAGGCUCCCAGCGUAAAUGGCCAUGCGGGGGCAACAGGAUUGCAGGCACUUGGGGCAUGGAGUCUUGGCUGCAGGAAGCACUCAGGUUACUCCUCAGGAAUGGGAAAGCCGCGGCCCAACAAGAGUGUCUGUCUCGGAGCUCCACACAGGGUCCCCCCUCUGCAGAGGAAGGUAUAGUGUGCUUUCAGACUUCCACUGCACGAGCUGGAGCACCAGGACCACACACCACAAUACCAGAUUCACCCAAGAAGAGGUCUGUGGGAGACAGGAACAAAGCAUGAGGAGUGGGGCCAUCCAGCUCACCCCCAUACCUCUCAUCUGUUUGCUGCCAGGCUGACAAGCCCUUCAGCUCCUCUUGGCCUCUUACUGGUAGGACAAACUAGGAGCACUCAUGGUUAUAGGUGUCUCUGAAUCUCAGUGUGUCCCUGGGUCUCCACCCGACAUUUCAAUCCCAGGACUCACUUCGGCAUUGUGUAGAUUGGAGUAAAAUUGCAAAGCGGUUCCAGGGGGUGUCCAAGAAAUUUUCUGGGCUUCAGAGCAGCUGUGAGGUCAAAGAGACAUUUGUGAGAAAGCAGGGAUAUAGUCGACACAGCUGCAUCUAGGUCCUUGGCCAUAGGAACCCUUGACUUGCAGAGGAAAGGUAGUCAGCCCCAGCCAGGCACCCCGCCCUCUCCCAUUACCUAGUUGUAGAGUUGAGGGAAAUGAUGGAUUUGCAGAGAGAACUGGUGCCAAACCGAAGGAUACAGGCAGACACUAAGAUCAGGAAAAUGGCUAUAGCUGAGAUGGCCAAUGCAAUUCGGAGCCCUAUAGGGCCUCUGAGGAGGAAGAGAACAAGCUUUGUAGUUGAGAUGGGCCUUCUCCCACCGCAGCCCCUGGCCCUCAGAGUGGGGCAGUCACCUGUGGGAAUCCUCGAUGCAGCUGCUGUAGGCCCAGAAGAACAGAAGCAGGAGACAGUAGAGGGCCAGAAGGCCAGAGGCCCCAGCCACAAAGUAGCAGAGGGAUGGGGCCGAGGGCUGGGACAAGGCCAAGGUGGAACCAUUCCUGGUGACCACACCAUAUAGGGGACAGCUGCCCCUGAAGGAGCCCUGUGGAAAGAAGCUUCUAAGUCUUAGAUUUCAAGUCUGCCUCUGCGUGCAGGUUCCUGGCAGAUGUAAGGGACAACGCAGGCCAAGGCCACCCUACAAAGGUAUCUGCGCACUGCCAGUUCGUUUCCUGGCCAAAAGACGCGUCGAGGGCCAGCUGAGGCGAUCAAACCUGCAAUGGCCAGAAGAAUCAAGAAAUAGGUGAUAGUGAUGGUCUCCCUUGCGUGCGGAAAAGCUAGAGUAAUCAAGACCUUGGGUAACAACGAUCUCCGAUGCUUUCUAAUCUAUAAAUUGGGCGUGGCUGGCAGAUGACGUGAAUUUGUAUUAGCAAGACAGCCUGGUUGGGGUCAACAAUGUAAACGCUACUGCGUUAGCGUUCUGUGUGCUGCAAUGACGUCUCCACCCACCAUGCUUUAUUUCUUGACGAAGUUCAGCACAAUUUCUGAUGUAAGGGAGGGAGAGCCCGAGGGUAUUUCGGUGUCAGAACCGGGGUACGGUUAUGCAGCGGGAGCAGUGAGACCAGGCCAGGUCUGAGGACUUAACCCCGUGGCGAAGAAGCGCCUUGCGAGCACCACCCGGGCGGGCG